UCCUUUUCAGCCCCUUUCAAAAUAACUCAACUGUCAUCAUCAUUGGAAAACGGCUUUGCCUGGACGGGACUAAUUAUUUAGAAUUGGCUGCGGGGUGAUUAGAUCGAAACAGAUCAAACGAUCGACAGAAACACGACAGGACCCAUUGGACACUGAACACCCUUGGGCCUGUCUGUCCAAUAGACAUGUUUCAAACUGUCCCUGACACGUCGUCUUACGUCAAGGUAAGACACCACCGUCUCUUCGCUCAGGAGGCGCUAUCAGUGGUGAGUGAAGACCAGUCCCUAUUUGAGCCUCCAUACUCUGCUGCUGCCCCUCUCCCCAAGACAGACAUGACUGCAUCUGGCACACAGGACUACGGCCAGACCCACAAAAUCAACCCCUUACCCCCACAGCAGGAGUGGAUCAACCAGCCAGUGCGGGUCAACGUCAAGAGAGAAUAUGAGCACAUGAAUGGAUCCAGCAGGGAGUCUCCAGUGGACUGCAGUGUGGGUAAAUGCAAUAAGCUUGUCGGGGGUAACGAAGCAUCUCAGAUGAACUAUGGAAACUACAUGGAUGAGAAGAAUGCCCCUCCCCCUAACAUGACCACCAAUGAACGGAGAGUCAUUGUACCUGCAGACCCCUCGUUGUGGUCACAGGAUCAUGUGCGCCAGUGGCUAGAGUGGGCCAUCAAGGAGUACGGCCUGGUGGAGAUCGACACGGCCAUGUUUCAGAACACAGAUGGCAAAGAGCUCUGCAAGAUGGGCAAGGAUGACUUUCUUCGGCUCACCACCAUGUACAACGCUGAAGUGCUUCUCUCUCAUCUCAAUUACCUCAGGGAAAGUAGCUCAUCAUUAUCCUACAAUACGCCAUCUCACACAGACCCUUCCCCACGUCUGGCUGCCAAAGAGGACCCUUCAUAUGAUGCUGUACGGCGGACAGGCUGGUCAAACAACAUGCACAGUGUCAAAGGUUCACCCGUGGUUCCUCAGAGUGUGACCAAGUCCACUGAGCAGCCCAGACCUCAGCCAGAUCCUUACCAGAUUCUGGGCCCCACCAGUAGUCGCCUAGCCAAUCCUGGUUCAGGUCAGAUCCAGCUGUGGCAGUUCCUCCUGGAGCUCCUGUCUGACAGCGCCAACGCCGGUUGUAUCACCUGGGAGGGAACCAAUGGCGAGUUCAAGAUGACGGACCCUGAUGAGGUGGCGCGGCGCUGGGGUGAGCGCAAGAGCAAGCCCAACAUGAACUACGACAAGCUGAGCCGUGCGCUGCGCUACUACUACGACAAAAAUAUCAUGACCAAAGUGCACGGCAAGCGCUACGCCUACAAGUUCGACUUCCACGGCAUCGCUCAGGCGCUGCAGCCGCACCCCACCGAAUCCUCCAUGUACAAGUACCCCUCGGACCUAGCCUAUGUGCCUUCCUACCACGCCCACCAGCAGAAGGUCAACUUUGUAUCGCCACACCCUCAAUCCAUGCCCGUCACCUCCUCCAAUUUCUUUGGACCCACCGCUCCCUAUUGGAGCUCGCCCACUGCGGGCAUCUACCCCAACCCAAACGUUCCCCGCCACCCCAACACCCACGUGCCGUCCCACCUGGGUAGUUAUUAUUAAACCUUCCACUCUGACCAUCCAAUCCUUUCAAAAAUAAAGUCCACAAUUGCUGACCUGCACUCCCAAAUGACGCAGAACCAAUGAAGACUGACUUGAUCGAGGCGUCUGUCCUCUGAAGAAAUGAUGCUCCUAAAUGAAGGUUGAUGAAAAUUGAAGGAGAGUUUUUUUUUUUUUUAUAUUUG